GACGCUGGGUGGGGAUGGCUUUCUCAUUGGCAGGCAAGUCAGUGUGGGCCCAGUCAGUCCGGGGAGAACGAGAACAGCAGCCUGGAUGUCUGGGAUGGUCUCUGCCCUCCUCCCCCACCCUGGCCUCCCCCGCAGGAACCUGACUGUGUAUCUCAGUCCUAGAAUGUGAGGAAUGUGCCAGAGCCUGAUAGGCCUGAAGCGAUCUGAGAGAGGCAGGGAGGAGCGCUGCUCCUCAGUCAGAGGCCUGAGAGGUAAAGAAACUCCUUCCAAAGAUCCAACCAUAUCAAGUGAGUUUAUAGCCUCAUCUGAAGACAAGGAAAGAUGUUGCCUGCCACAGAACAUGAAUCCAGAUCUGACGCUCUCCUUCAGUGUGAAGAGCCGCUCCCAGCGGUGUGUAAAUGGCCUCCUGCAGGAAGCGGCCAGGAGGCGGCUCUGGGCGCUGGAGAAUGAGGACCAGGAGGUGCGUGCCCUGUUUCAGGACCUCUCAGCCAGGCUGGUGGGCAUCCAGUCCCAGAGGGCUCAAUUCCUCAUCACCUUCAAGACCAUGGAGGAAAUCUGGAAGUUUUCCACCUACUUGAACUUAGGCUAUGUGUCUGCAUGUCUGGAACAUCUCCUCUUUGACCAUAAGUACUGGCUCAGCUGCAGAUUGGUGGAAGAUACAGAGAUCCAAGUGUCAGUGGAUGAGAAACACCUGGAAACAAUAUACCUGGGCCUCCUGAUACAGGAAGGCCACUUCUUCUGCAGAGCCAUGUGCUCCGUGGCUCCGCCAGCUGAGAAGGAAGGAGAGUAUUUGACGCUGUGCAAGAAGGAGUUAAUCUCUGUGAAGAUCACUGACAGCGAAUCCGAGUGGGAGGGCGUAUCCUUGGUGACUGGUCAGCGGGGUCUGGUGCCCCUGUCAGCUCUGGAACCUCUGCCCCUGCCUUUCCACCAAUGGUUUCUAAAAAAUUAUCCGGGAAGCUGUGGCCUUUCCAGGAAGAGGGAUUGGACAGGCUCCUAUCAGAUCGGCAGAGGAAAAUGUAAGGCCUGGAAGGAAUAUGAGAGGGAAGAAAAGGAUGAACUGAAUUUUCACCGAGGAGAAAGCAUCGAGAUCAUCGGCUUUGUCGUACCCGGGCUUCAGUGGUUCAUCGGGAAGUCGACACGCUCAGGAGAAGUGGGCUUUGUUCCCACCAGGAACAUAGAUCCUGAGUCGUAUUCCCCGAUGAACAAGAGCUCUGCCUUUUUCAGUGACGAGGAAAGAUGCUCUCUGUGGGUCCUGGGAAGUGACAGGAAAGCUGAGUGUGCCGGCUUCCUCCACACGCUUGCUCAUACUGACAUAGCGUCCGUCUACCGGCUUAGUGGGUUUGAAUCCAUCCAGAAUCUUCCAAACGAUCUAAGUGCAUCCCAGCCGGAAGGCUUCAAGGAGGCCAGGCCUGGCAGAGCCUGGGAGGAGCAUCAGGCCAUGAGCUCCAGACAGUCCAGCAGCUCUGAGGACUCCAGCCUGGAGGAGGAGCUCCUCUCAGCUGCCUCGGACAGCUAUCACUUGCCUGAGCCCGAUGAUCUCGAUGACCCGGAACUGCUUGUGGACCUAGACACUGGUCAGGAAGAGGAGGAGGCAGAGAACUUCGCCCCCAUGUUGGCUUUUCUGGAUCACGAGGGUUAUGCUGACCACUUCAAGAGCCUCUAUGAUUUCUCCUUCUCUUUCCUCACGUCUUCUUUCUACAGCUUCUCUGAGGAGGACGAACUUGUGGCCUACCUGGAGGCCUCAAGGAAGUGGGCCAAGCGGGGCCGCAGGACCUGGGCCCACGCCCGGCUCUGCUUCCUCCUCGGCCGGCUGAGUGUCAGGAAGGUCAAACUCUCUCAGGCCCGGGUGUACUUUGAGGAGGCUGUGUACAUCCUCGAUGGGACAUUUGAAGACCUAUCCCUGGUGGCUGCUCUGUACACCAAUCUGGCUGCCAUCUAUCUGAGGCAGAGGCUGAGGCAUAGAGGCUCAGCUCUGCUGGAAAAAGCAGGGGCCCUGUUGGCCUGCCUGCCUGACCGGGAGUCUAGUACCAAAAAUGAGCUCGAUGUGGUGGCCUACAUACUACGCCAGGGCAUUGUGACAGGCAGCUGUCCCUUGGAGGCCAGGGCCUGCUUCCUGGCCAUCCGAUUGCUCCUAAGCCUGGGCCGCCAUGAGGAAGUCCUGCCCUUCGCCGAGCGCCUGCAGCUCCUCUCCGGACACCCUCCUGACUUGGAGGCUACAGCCACCGUCUUGAGUUUUCUGUACGAUAAGAAAUAUCUCCCACACCUCACAGUGGCCUCUGUCCAGGAACGUGGCACCCAGAGCGGCCAAGGGAUGUCCCUUCCAAUUUGGCAGGUCUACCUGGUUCUCCAGAACACCACCAAGCUCCUUGGAGUUCCCUCUUCAAGCUGGGGUGAAAUUUCUGCCCUGGCCUGCCCAGCACUCAGGCAGGCACUGGCUGCCUGUGAGGGGCAGGCCAGUUGGAGCACCCAGAGGGCCCUGUGCCUCAUCCUGUCCAAAGUGUACCUCCAACAUAGGUCUCCCGAUGGGGCCAUCCACUACCUGAGCCAGGCCUUGGUGCUAGGGCAGCUGCUGAGUGAGCAGGAAGCCUUCGAGUCUUCCCUCUGCCUGGCAUGGGCGUAUCUCUUAGCCAGCCAGGCAAAAAAGGCUAUGGACAUCCUCGAGCCACUCCUAUACUCCCAGAAGGAGACAGAGAGUAUCACCCAAAAGGGGGUGGUCCAUAACCUCCUGGGACUUGCCCUUCAAGGUGAAGGCCGGGUGAACAGGGCAGCCAAGAGCUAUCUCCGGGCCUUGAACAGAGCUCAGGAAAUGGGGAAUGUGCGUAACCAGGCGGUGACUUUGGCCAAUCUUGGCCACCUGACCCUUAAGUCCUGGGCUGAGCAGCCAGCCAAGGACUAUUUCCUGCAGGCCAUCCGACUCUAUUCUGAACUCCAGACCAGCAUGGAGACGGACAUGGAAUUAGUACAGGUCCUUCUCUGGUUGGCCCAAGUCCUGGUGCAUGGACGCCAGCUGGCCAGUGGCCGCCUUUGUUAUGAAAUGGCAUUGCUGUUUGGCUUAAGGCAUCGACACCUAAAGAGUCAGCUUCAGGUCACCAAAUCCCUCUGCCAUUUCUACAGCUCUGUAUGCCCAAACCCCAAGGCCUGCAUCACCUACCACGAGCACUGGCUGACCCUGGCUCAGCAACUCAGGGACCGAGAGAUGGAGGGAAGGCUGCUGGAGUCCCUCGGGCAGCUCUAUCGGAACUUGAACACGGCCAGGUCUCUCAGGAAGUCUCUCACCUGCAUCAAGGAGAGCCUGCGUAUCUUCAUUGACCUUGGGGAGAAAGACAAGGCUGCUGAGGCCUGGCUUGGAGCUGGGCGACUCCACUACCUCAUGCAGGAGGACGAGCUGGUGGAGUUGUUCCUGCAGGCAGCCAUCCAGAAGGCCUUGAAGUCUGAGGAGCCCUCUCUGGCUCUCAAACUCUAUGAAGAAGCAGGUGAUGUGUUCUUCAAUGGGACACGCCACAGACACUGUGCCAUGGAGUAUUAUCGAGCUGGGGCCAUUCCUUUAGCGAGGAGGAUGAAGGCCAUGAGAACAGAGCUCCGGGUUUUCAACAAGCUGACAGAGCUGCAGAUCAGCCUAGAAGGCUAUGAGAAGGCUUUGGAGUUUGCCACCCUGGCGGCCAGACUCAGCACUGUCAUAGGAGAUCAGAAGCAGGAGCUGGUGGCCUUUCACCGUCUGGCUACAGUCUAUUAUUCCCUGCACAUGUACGAGAUGGCUGAGGACUGCUACCUGAAGACUCUGUCCCUUUGUCCCCCCUGGCUGCAGAGCCCCAAGGAGGCCCUGUACUAUGUGAAGGUGUAUUAUCGCCUGGGGCGACUCACCUUUUACCAGCUGAAGGAUGCCCACGAUGCCACCGAGUACUUCCAGCUGGCCUUGGCAGCAGCGGUGCUGCUGGGUGACGAGGAGCUGCAGGACAGCAUCAGGAACAGGCUGGACCACAUCUGCCGGAGCCCCCUGUGGCACAGCAGCCCCUCCGGGCGCUCCUCAGAGAGGGCACGGUGGCUGAGCGGCGGGGGGCUAGCCCUCUGAGGACCGCUGGCCCAGAUCUGACCGGGGACCCAUGGCCGGAGCUGCCUC